UGUAGCAGGCUGUGUGGUGUAGUAGGUAGUGAUUUUUGCAUGUUGCUUACUGCUGAUCUCCAGCAACAAAGCGUUUCACUUGUCCCGCUGUUCCUUAUGUUGUGCGCCAGCGAAGCUGAAGUGGCGCAAGUCAUUGCAAUGGGUCUUUGCACAGUGAGCACAACGAGCGCUUCACCGCACGCGGAGAUACGCAGUUCGAAGGUGCCAUCAAUGACAGUCCAGCGCCACUGGUUCGCUUGGACUUACACAGCAAAAGAUGAGGCUUAUUUACCUUGGACGCCCUCGCACACCGGUUAUGGCACAACAUAGCGAUCUGCAAGCAGAUUGUGAUGAGGACCAAGACAGUGGUUCAUCGGAGGUGCCCCCGGCGCUACGGCUCAUCGAGCCACUAGGUUCGCGUGAAUCGAUCUACCAACAACGCGAACAGCAACAGGAAUUACGACGUCACGAGGAGUUUCAACAAAAUGCGCCCUCGUGGCAAUCUUUGCAUCAUUUCUCGCAACACAGCAUGGGCAUGUCCGAUUGUGGACUGCAAGUGAGCAAGGAGGAGAUAGCGCGCACAAUGGACAGGCCGCACUUAGUCAUGUUGACAAUAUGUCCAUUGUGUCGAGCUUCAACAUGGCCGGCGAUGCGUUUAGCGAGGAACCAAUUCGAUCAAUUAGCGCGUUUAUAUGAGAUCUUCACCUCACAGCUGGCCAUGGCCGAAGUAACGCCAGUCUUCCGCAGCUGCGAUGCCGGUAGUGUGUAUAGUGAACCUGCCUAUCGCUUUAUCACUGGACUGGGUAGUGUGUGUAGCGAACCGCCAUAUAGGCCACCAAUUCCGAGGACUACAUUUCUGUUUGUCCUGUAUUGAUUUUUUGUGAAGAAAACUGGCAUAAUUCAAAUCGCUGGCAUGGAACAGUAUGCUUCGCUGCGUCAUCCCGACGGUGCUUCCGAUCCGAAUUUGCCAAAUGUUGAGAAACCUU